AUGGUAGCCAAACUAGCAAGACGCAGUCAAGAACGAGACAAUCUUGGCAUGUUGGUCUGGUCACCUAAUCAGAAUCUGUCAGAGGCAAAAUUGGAUGAAUACAUUGCCAUUGCCAAAGAGAAGCACGGCUACAACAUGGAACAGGCUCUUGGGAUGCUCUUUUGGCAUAAACAUAAUAUUGAAAAAUCACUGGCUGAUUUGCCCAACUUUACCCCCUUCCCAGAUGAGUGGACUGUGGAAGAUAAAGUCUUGUUUGAGCAAGCCUUUAGUUUUCAUGGAAAAACUUUUCAUAGAAUCCAACAAAUGCUUCCUGAUAAAUCUAUAGCAAGUCUGGUGAAAUUUUACUACUCUUGGAAGAAGACGAGAACUAAAACUAGUGUGAUGGAUCGCCAUGCUCGAAAACAAAAACGGGAACGGGAGGAGAGUGAGGAUGAACUGGAAGAAACGAAUGGAAAUAACCCCAUUGACAUUGAAGUUGAUCAAAACAAGGAAAGCAAAAAGGAGGUGCCCCCUACUGAGACAGUUCCUCAGGUCAAAAAAGAAAAACAUAGCUCACAAGCUAAAAAUAGAGCAAAACGGAAACCUCCAAAAGGAAUGUUUCUUUCUCAAGAAGACGUGGAAGCUGUUUCUGCCAAUGCCACUGCUGCUACCACGGUGCUGAGACAACUAGACAUGGAAUUGGUUUCAAUCAAACGACAGAUUCAGAAUAUUAAGCAAACAAACAGUGCUCUCAAAGAAAAACUUGAUGGUGGAAUAGAGCCAUAUCGACUUCCAGAGGUCAUUCAGAAAUGUAAUGCACGUUGGACCACAGAAGAGCAGCUUCUCGCUGUACAAGCCAUCAGGAAAUAUGGCCGAGAUUUUCAGGCAAUCUCAGAUGUGAUUGGAAACAAAUCAGUGGUUCAAGUGAAAAACUUUUUUGUAAAUUAUCGACGCCGCUUCAACAUAGAUGAAGUUUUACAAGAAUGGGAGGCAGAACAUGGUAAAGAAGAGACUAAUGGGCCAAGUAACCAGAAACCUGUAAAGUCCCCGGAUAAUUCUCUUAAGAUGCCUGAAGAGGAAGAUGAGGCUGCUUCUGUUCUUGACGUCAGAUAUGCAUCUGCCUCAUGAGAAACUCUGGCAGCUUUGAACACUUGGUGUGGACUACUACGUUAUCCAGGAUAUCAGGUAUUAUGAGACAUCACCUAGCCAUCUGCAUCACAUCCCUGUGGACAAGCAGCUAUUACCAAAAAGGCAUAUAUACACUUCCAGUCCUGUGCUACAUCUGCCUUAAUUCUUUGCUCGUUCCUCCAUGUUGGCGCCACUUCCCAGAGAGCUCCAUUACAUCUCUCACACUCUGCCUAAGUGUUGGGGAAAUCUCAUGGCCUGCACACCUCCUGUGACUCUGGGACCCACCUCCCCAGUCGGAGCCCCGGAGCCCCACCAACGGCAGCUCUUCCCAGUCAGCUUCAGAACAGGUAGUCUACUUGGAAGGCACGACUCUGUUCCUGCAUGGCCUGCAGUUUCUACUUUGUGCAUAAUGUAAUUUUCAGAGUGACUAUGAUUUUGGCCUUCUAGAAAGUUUCUUUUGCUCUUUUCCAAGACAACCACCUAAAUGAUAUCAUGCUUCAUUGGAAAUCACAAUAUAUUGGCAGACUGCAUUGUAACCUUUAUCGUGCCAAGCAUCCUGAUGCAACUCACAUUUCCCUAAACAUAGGGUAUAAUUACGGUUUAUAAGUUUAGUUGGUUUAAAUCUCUCCCUUCUUCCUUUCCAAGUGGUAAAAAGCUCAUUUACAGCAACUCUCUUUGGACACAGUAGGUUUUUUUUGUUUGUUUGUUUUUGACCGGUAAGGGGGUUGUAACCCUCGGCACGGUGUCAUC